GGUAAACAGUGCGGUCACGUGACGCGACCCCGCUCCAGCCCCCGCGCCGUCGCCGCACGCCGAUGGCUGCGGGGUCUCGCGCCACCGCACGGUCCCCACGAGGCGAGCGACCCUCGGGCCCUGGGCGGCGGCGGCUGCAACGAGGAUAGGGAGGGCGGCGCGGAAGACGGGACGGCGUGGUCCGCAGUGGCCGCCCCGGCUGGGAGGAAGCAGAGGUUGUGGCAGCGACGCCUGCGUCCUGCGCGUACCCCCUCUCGGCGCAGCCGGCCCCCUCCUCCGCGGCGGCGCGGCCACCAUCUUCCUCUCGCUGCCAGUGGUAGCGCUCGUCGGCGGAGCUGGGCUGAAAGACACACAGAAGUCUUCAUGGAUAUAGUUGAUACAUUUAAUCAUUUAAUUCCUACUGAACACUUAGAUGAUGCCCUAUUUCUAGGAUCCAACCUGGAGAAUGAAGUCUGUGAGGAUUUUAGUACAAGUCAAAAUGUCUUAGAGGACUCGCUGAAGAACAUGCUCAGCGAUAAGGAUCCUAUGCUAGGAUCUGCAAGUAACCAGUUCUGUUUGCCUGUUUUGGAUAGCAAUGAUCCCAAUUUCCAGAUGCCUUGUUCAACAGUUGUUGGUCUUGACGAUAUUAUGGAUGAAGGAGUUGUAAAAGAAAGUGGCAAUGAUACCAUUGAUGAAGAAGAGCUGAUUUUACCUAACAGGAAUUUGAGGGACAAAGUAGAAGAAAAUUCAGUGAGAUCACCAAGAAAAUCACCUCGUUUAAUGGCACAAGAACAAAUAAGAAGUUUGCGACAAAGCACUAUUGCCAAGCGUACAAAUGCAGCACCUUUAAAUAGCACAAAAAAGGCAUCAGGGAAGACUGUGUCUGCCCCUAAAGCAGGGGUGAAACAACAAGAAAGGUGUCAGAUGAAAGAAGAAAUUGGUACGUCCCCGAAACCCGAGCACCAGAAAGAGAGCAGGAGGGGCAGCCGACACGGUGGACAGAUCGAAGAAGCAGUUCCAUCGUGUCUUGAAACGAAGGGUGAAGCUGGGUUAGACUCUGAGCAGAAAUGUAAUAAUCAGGGAGAAGCAAAUGUGCCAUCUCAUGAGUUAAACUGUCCACUCCUUUCAGAGACUUGCGUUAGUAUCGAAGAAAAGAAAAAUGAAACUCUGAUGGAGUGUAAAGCCAAGACUGUUAGCCCAUUGUUUAAGUUUUCAGGUAAAGAAGAACAUGAACGGAACGAUUCCAUUUCAAGUAAAAUGGAUGGGACUGUUGUUGAAGAAAUGAAGGUAGAAGGAGAAGUUGAACAAGAAUCGAAGGAGACAAUAAAAUUAGUGCACGAAAAUGACAGUGUCAGUGAGGAACCUGCAUCUUCCGUCGCUUUCUCUGGCAGUGCUGCUUGUACAAACCCGAAUGAGAAAGAAAGGAACCUUGUCAGUUUGUCUGGUUCUGUGGAUGAAGUAAAUGAAUGUAGUUUGGAAUUGAAAGAUAGCGUGGAAGUUGCUGAUAAAGCUGAGAACUCCCUUCAGAGAAUAGAAAUGGAAAUGGCUUAUUGUAAAGACCCAGAGUCUAAUGAUAAGCAGUUGGAGGGCACCAGAUUUAAUAAGUCAAACUUAGAGGUGGUUAAUACUAGUGCUUUUGAACCAGAAGGUAAUAUUUUAGAAAAUGCUAUUUGUGAUGCACCUGACCAAAAUUCAAAACAGUUGAAUAUUGUUGUAAGUAUGAAAAUGGAGUCUCAUGAAACAGCAAACCUUCAGGAUGACAGAGACAGCCAGUCAAAUAGUGUUUCUUGCUUAGAGUCAAAAAACAUAAAACCCAAACAUACAAAACCUGUAAUUCAUUCUAAGCAAACCAUGGCCACAGAUACUCGGAAAAAAGUUGUUGGAGCAAAGCAUGAAUUAAUGCAUAACGUAACUAAAGUUAAUGUCAAAAGUGUGAAGCGAAAUGCUGAUGAAUCAGAAUCUAAGCAAAAUUUUCAUAGGCCAGUCAAAGUGAGAAAGAAACAAGUUGAUAAGGAUUCAAAGAUUCAGAGUUGCAAUUUUGGGGUUAAAUCUGUGAAAAAUCAGGCUCAUUCUGUAUUCAGAAAGAUAUCACAAGAUCAAAAUUUAGUCCAGAUUUCCAAACCCUUAACUCAUUCUUUGAGUGAAAAGCCUCACGGUCACCCUGGUUGCUCAAAAGAACCUCAUCAUCCUGCACAAACUGGACAUUUGUUGCAUUCCAGCCAGAAACAGUGCCAUAAGCCCCAGCAGCCGGCUCCAGCAGUGAGAACCAAUAGUCAUGUGAAGGAAGAGCUUGAGCACACAGGUGGUGUGGAACAUUUUAAGGAAGAGGAUAAAUUGAAAUUAAAAAAACCUGAGAAGAACCUACAACCCCGUCAAAGAAGAAGCAGCAAAAGUUUUUCUUUGGAUGAGCCACCAUUGUUCAUUCCAGAUAAUAUAGCGACUGUAAAACGGGAAGGCUCAGACCAUAGCUCUUCAUUUGAAAGCAAAUAUAUCUGGACUCCCAGCAAGCAGUGUGGGUUUUGCAAAAAACCACAUGGCAACAGGUUUAUGGUUGGCUGUGGGAGAUGUGAUGACUGGUUUCAUGGUGAUUGUGUUGGGUUAAGUCUUUCUCAAGCACAGCAAAUGGGAGAGGAAGACAAAGAAUAUGUGUGUGUGAAAUGUUGUGCUGAAGAAGAUAAAAAGACUGAAAUAGUAGAUCCAGAUAUUUUGGGAAACCAGGCUAAAGUUGAAGUCCAUAGUGAAGAUAAAGCAAUGGAAUAUGAAAAGCUUGGGUUAUCAAAGCACACUACAACAAAUGACAAAACCAAAUAUAUAGAUGAUACAGUGAAGCACAAGGUCAAAAUUUUGAAACGGGAGUCUGGUGAAGGCAAAAACUCAUCAGACUGUAGGGAUAGUGAAAUAAAAAAAUGGCAGCUAGCUCCUCUUCGAAAGAUGGGACAACCAGUUUUACCUCGGAGAUCCUCAGAAGAAAAAAGUGAAAAAAUAACAAAAGAGUCUACAACUGUUACUUGCACAGGAGAAAAAGCUUCAAAACCAGGUGCUUAUGAGAAGCAAGAGACAAAGAAGAAGAAAACUGAAAAGGGCCCCCCUGGUGCACAUCCUCCGGCGGCUCCUGCCUCCAAGCCUUCCACAGACCAGAUCCGACAGAGCGUCCGGCAUUCUCUCAAAGAUAUUCUUAUGAAAAGACUUACAGACUCAAAUUUGAAGGUACCAGAGGAAAAGGCAGCAAAAGUUGCCACAAAAAUUGAAAAAGAGCUUUUCUCUUUUUUUCGGGACACAGAUGCUAAAUAUAAGAACAAAUAUAGAAGUUUGAUGUUCAAUCUGAAAGAUCCUAAAAACAAUAUAUUAUUUAAAAAAGUGCUAAAAGGAGAAGUAACCCCUGAUCACCUUAUAAGAAUGAGUCCAGAAGAACUAGCUUCUAAAGAGUUAGCUGCUUGGAGACGAAGAGAAAAUAGACAUACCAUAGAGAUGAUUGAGAAAGAACAGAGAGAAGUGGAAAGAAGACCAAUCACAAAGAUAACUCAUAAAGGUGAGAUAGAAAUUGAGAGUGAUGCUCCAAUGAAAGAACAGGAAGCAGCCAUGGAAAUUCAGGAACCUACAGCUAAUAAGUCAGUGGAGAAGACAGAAGGAUCUGAGAAACCGAAAGAAGAGAUUGACUCCUUGUCUAAAGAUACCACUAGUCAACACAGACAACAUCUUUUUGAUCUUAACUGCAAAAUUUGCAUAGGUCGAAUGGCACCGCCUGUAGAUGAUCUUUCUCCAAAAAAAGUGAAAGUUGUUGUUGGAGUAUCUCGUAAACAUUCAGACAAUGAAGCAGAAAGUAUAGCAGAUGCUUUGUCUUCAACCUCAAAUAUUUUGGCCUCUGAAUUCUUUGAAGAGGAGAAACAAGAGUCUCCGAAGUCAGCAUUGUCUUCUGCUCCACGUCCAGAGAUGCCUGGAACUGUUGAAGUUGAGUCUACCUUCCUGGCUCGAUUGAACUUCAUCUGGAAAGGUUUUAUCAACAUGCCAUCUGUAGCAAAAUUUGUUACCAAAGCCUACCCAGUGUCUGGUUCCCCUGAGUACUUGACAGAGGAUCUACCAGAUAGUAUUCAAGUCGGUGGUAGAAUAUCACCUCAGACAGUUUGGGAUUAUGUGGAAAAAAUUAAAGCCUCAGGAACCAAGGAAAUUUGUGUGGUUCGCUUCACACCUGUGACUGAAGAAGAUCAAAUUUCUUACACUUUGCUGUUUGCAUACUUCAGUAGCAGGAAGCGCUACGGAGUGGCCGCUAACAACAUGAAGCAGGUUAAAGACAUGUACCUAAUCCCUCUGGGGGCCACGGAUAAAAUCCCACACCCUCUUGUGCCCUUUGAUGGACCUGGCCUUGAACUGCACAGACCUAAUCUAUUGUUGGGCUUAAUUAUUCGUCAAAAACUGAAACGGCAGCACAGUGCCAGUGCUGGUGCUGGUCACACAGCUGAGAUGGCUGAAAGUGUACCAGUAACAUUGCCGCCUGAUAAAAAAAGUAAGGUAGAAGUUUCCACAGAGGAAGCAGCAGAAGAAGAAAAUGACUUUUUUAAUUCUUUUACAACUGUGUUGCACAAGCAAAGAAAUAAGCCUCAGCAAACUCUUCAGGAAGACCUUCCAACGGUCAUUGAACCUUUAGUGGAAGUCACCAAACAGGAGCCACCAAAACCUUUAAGAUUCCUUCCUGGGGUCUUGAUUGGCUGGGAAAAUCAGCCUUCUACUCUGGAAUUGGCAAAUAAACCUCUUCCUGUGGAUGAUAUCCUUCAGAGCCUUUUGGGCACUACUGGUCAAGCAUAUGAACAGGCUCAGUCAGGGACAGAACAAAGCACUCUUAAAGAAAUUCCAUUUAUAAAUGAGCAAGGCGACCUGAAAGCAGAGAAGGUAGAUACAGUGGAAGCAACUGAUGGGGAAGCCAAGGAAGUGAAGGUUAAAGGAGAUAAGCCUUCAGAGUCGGCAGGUGGUUCAGUAGGAGAAGAGGCGUCCGGAAUGGGGGCCUCUUCUGUUUCUGCCGGGCCUUUGACAAGUCUUAGUCUCAGAGGUAAACCACCAGAUGUUUCUACAGAAGCAUUCCUAACAAAUUUAUCGAUGCAGUCAAAACAAGAGGAGACGGUGGAGAGUAAAGAGAGAGCGUUAAAAAGACAGCAGCUACCAGAUCAAGAGAGUAACUUGCAAGAUAAUUGGACUGCAAACACUAGUUCUCCCUGCAGGUCUAAUGCAGGAAAAGGAAACAUAGAUGGUAAUGGGAGUUGCAGUGAAAACCUUGCUGCUAACACGACACGGGCCCCCCAGUUUAUCAACCUGAAAAGGGACCCUAGGCAAGCAGCAGGGCGAAGUCAGCAGGCGUCUGCUCCAGAAAGCAGGGACGGAGAUAGCUGCCGGAAUGGAGAGAAGCAGCCCCUGCCUGGCCUGUCGCACAAGGAGCACUUAACCGAACAAAGCAGCGUUGAGGAAAAGUUGCCUUCUGUAGAGAAGAACUCAUGUAUUCAGCAGAGUGAUGAUUCCGGGGUUGUACAGAACUCGCCAUCAGUAGAAAACGUACACAGUUCUCAAACAGAACAAGCAAAACCCUUACAGGAGGAGAUUUUAAUGCAAAAUAUUGAAACUGUGCACCCAUUUCGAAGAGGAUCAGUAGCAGCAACAUCUCAUUUUGAGGUUGGAAACACAUGUCCCUCUGAAUUUCCUGCAAAAAGCAUCAGCUUCACUUCCAGAAGCACCAGCCCCAGAACAAGUGCAAACUUUUCACCCGUAAGGCCACAGCAGCCCAACCUUCAGCAUCUCAAGUGUAGCCCGCCUGGAUUUCCAUUUCCAGGACCUCCAAAUUUCCCCCCACAAAGCAUGUUUGGAUUUCCGCCACAUUUGCCACCCCCGUUGCUUCCCCCUCCAGGCUUUGGCUUUGCUCAGAAUCCCAUGGUUCCCUGGCCACCUGUUGUUCAUCUGACAGGCCAACCGCAACGUAUGAUGGGUCCCCUUUCACAAGCGUCAAGGUAUCUAGGCCCGCAAAAUUUUUACCAGAUUAAAGACGUUCGGAGGCCAGAAAGGCGCCAUAGUGACCCUUGGGGUAGGCAAGACCAACAGCAACUGGAUAGACCGUUUAACAGGGGUAAGGGGGAUCGUCAGAGGUUUUACAGUGAUUCACACCACCUGAAAAGAGAGCGCCACGAGAAGGGGUGGGAGCAGGAGUCCGAAAGGCACAGGCGCAGAGACAGAGCCCAGGACAAGGACAGAGACAGGAAGAGCAGGGAGGAAGGGCACAAGGGUCAGGAGCGGGUACGGCUGCCGCACGGCGAGCGAGGAGUGGACGGAAGAGCGAGCAGAGACAGCAGGGCUGUAGACAGGAAGGCAGACGCGCCUAAGGGUGAAGACCAGGAGAAGGACAGAGAGCGGGAGAAGGGUAAGCAUAGAGAAGGCGAGAAGGAGCGAGACAGGCACCACAGAGACAGGGACCACACCGACAGAGCUAAAGGCAAAAGGUGAAGUCAGCAGGCUGCUGCAGGGGUCCACUGAAAUAGCUGUUAAACGUCGUCUCUUUAAAACUUCGUAUGAUUGCCUGCUAGGAUCGUGCCGUCUUUUACAUUUUUAAUAUUGGUGGUUUGCAGAGCAGUACAUUCUGUGUGUCGGUGCGGAGUGCACUGGGCCAGUGCUCAUCAUCCCUUCUUCAUACCAACUGCCCUAGUUAUAGGAAUUUAAUAUUUUUAAAAGUUUUACAUUGCUGUAUAUUCAAAGAUUUGUUUUAUUAAUAUGCAAUAAAGGCUUAGAAAUUUUAGUUUUAUUCCUUAAUCGGUAAAUAUGGUUAAUUACGGAAUCUAUUUACUGCCUCUAGUGAAUGUCCUUUAUAUAAUGACUAAUUUGAGAGUAACGUGUACUCUGUAAGUUUGUUUUAAAUUGCACUGUUUUUAAAGAAACUGUAGAGGAGCAACAUAAAGCCAAGCAACUUGGUAAUUGGAUUAUAUUAAUCAUUCAGUCGAGCAGUUUUUGACCAAGAAUCAGAAACCCAAGGAGUACAUUUAUCGCUUUAGUCUGCACUCAUUGAAGGCGUUUGUUACCGUACUACAGCUUUGUGGUAGUCCAUUGUUUUCCUUUUCCUUUUUGGCUCUUCAGAAACUUGAAUACUUAAGCUUGUACAUGAUCUUGUGUUUUGCUAUCCUUUUUACUGUACAAUGUAAAUAUUUUAAGGGAUAUUUUGAUUCUAAAUAUGAUAAAAGAAUUUCUCACCUAUCUUGUGUGUGUGAUUUGAAAUUCAGUAGUAAAAUAAUUUCUUUGAGACUUUAAAUACCUUUAGCCAUUGUUCUUCUCUUACUCAGCCAAGAGCCUAUAGGCUAGGAUGAGGAGAAAAACGAUUUCUUUAUCUUAGAUUAUAGGCUAUUAAGAUAAAUCGUGUAGUUCUGAAGAGGCUAGAAUUAAAAACUGCCACUGAAAAACUGUGCAGCUAUAACCCACUUUGUAGGUAUGUUUCUGAAAACUGGUACACCGUCAAAAUUUGGUACACUGACUAAUCAUUGUAAGACCACAGAAAUUUUAUUUAAGAGAAACGUAUUGUGAAUCUUUCUGUAAAACGUGUAAUUAACUCUAAUUUGUUUGGGGGGUAAAUAACUACAGUGUCAUUUGCUCGUUUUUCUUGAAAGCACAGGGAGGCUAUUGCUAAUCCAAACCUAAAUUUAUUUACACCCUUAACUACAUAUACUGUAUUGAUUGCUAUAAUUUAAAGCAGUGGCUAUCAAAUGAUACCAACACUUGAGACCAAAAGGAGGGAAAGAAAGGCCAGUAUUUUAACUUACCUGUAUUAAUGAAGAAAGAUACACAUGACUUCACAAAAUUAAGAAGAUGAAGUUUGUUUUCCUAAAAAGUCUACAGAUUAGAGUUAAAAAUGGGUUUUGAAACUGAUUCAGCCUUGCUGUUUUUACUGGAGAGAAAAUGAGUGGAAAUUCAAAACCAAACCAUUUUGUCUAACUUGCAGCAACUUGAGACCCCCCCCCCUUU